AAACGCGAGUGUAAACCGAAUGAAACGGGAAAAACGGCAGAUUUUAUUGACCUUUUUCUUGAUGCAAGAGCUGAGCAGGAGUUUGACAAUCACUCUGAUUUCUCGAAGAGUGUUCAUGUUGAGAAACAGCUGACCAGAGAAGAGAUUGGAGCUCAGUGCUUUGUAUUUAUUGUGGCUGGGUUUGACACGACAGCCAGCUCGCUCGCAUAUGUCACUCACUUAUUAGCAAAGAAUCCCGAUGUACAACGGCGCCUUCAGGACGAAAUAGAUUUCCACUACAGUGAUACAAUCAGCUACGAGUCUCUUGGCGCUAUGAAAUACCUCGAUUGUGUAGUGAAGGAAGGUCUGCGUAUGUAUCCACUAGCCAACUUGUAA